CCGACAUGCUGAUAAUUUUUUAAUUCCUGAACCGACAGAAACAGAACAGCGAAAACAACCAAAACACUUUGCGAUACCAGCGGUCAACUUGCUGACAGUUAAUGGCGCAUUGGUCGCAUAGGACACAAUUGAGCUGUCAAAACUAACAAAACAUUAAGUUGUCAUUUAUUUGUAAACAAUGUCGGAGGACGAGACGAAGUCAGGCAGCCAAAGUGGCGGAAUAAUUAGUUUUAAGCGUGUAAACAAGAAAAAAUUGCGGCAAAGAAAAAAAUCUUCCGAUGAAGAAAGUGGAGGAGAUGACACCGAGGCCCAAAUACUGGCCAAGCUGGAAGAGACUAAGGAACGGCAGAAACUUCGCAGUCGCCCACAUGGAGUAAGCGUGGUUGGAUUGGCUUUAGGGAAGAAGUUGGCACCAGAAGAGGAAGUGGCAAUUAAAGACCCUUUCAAUGUGAAAACUGGGGGAAUGGUUAAUAUGCAAGCCCUCAAAUCGGGAAAGAUGAAGGAAGCUGACGAUCCUUACGACGUGGGUAUCGGUACUCAAUUUUCCGCGGAAACAAAUAAACGAGAUGAAGAUGAGGAGAUGAUGAAGUAUAUUGAACAACAGCUACAGAAAAGGAAGGGUAUUAAGACGGAGGAAAAAACAGCUGAAUUAGAGAACGAAAGGAAGUACAUGACACCUGAAGAAGCUGCUUUAUACUCGCUGCCAGAUCAUUUGCGACAAAGCUCAUCAAACCGUUCUGAAGAAAUGUUAUCGAAUCAAAUGCUUAAUGGAAUCCCAGAGGUGGAUCUUGGGAUCGAGGCGAAAAUUAAAAAUAUUGAAGCAACUGAAGAAGCCAAGCAGAAACUAUUGCGGGACCAGAAGAAUAAGAAGGAUGGACCAUCACAAUUUGUACCGACUAAUAUGGCUGUGAACUUCAUGCAACAUAAUCGAUUCAAUAUUGAGGAGACGGAAGCAAAGAAAAGAAAAAAAGAAGACGAUGACGAUGGAGCGAAAUCUGCUAAUAUAAAGAAAGCCACAGACGAUUACUAUUAUGAUAAGUUUAAGAAGCAAUUUAGACGAUAUUAAAUGUUUUAGACCAUCACUUGAAAUAUAAACAUGAAACGAAAAACAAACCAA